AUGGUAGACCCACAAAGAGACACCAUCGAGGUGGAUCCUCAAUACCUGGAAGUUGUUACCAUCCAUGACCGAGAAUUUCAGAAGUAUUCGAUUGACAACUCUAUUCACCUCGUUCCCGUUGAUGAGGAAGAGGCAUAUCGGCUGGAGAAUCAACAUCGAGUGUUCAAUCUUGUGUUCGACGGACGACUCAUCUUUCCACCAGUGACCAGUCCGAAGAACGUCCUCGACUGUGGCUAUGGUGCGGCAUCAUGGGCAAUGGAGUUGGCGGAGAGUUAUCCUGACUGCCAGGUCAUUGGGAUCGACAUUUCGCCGCAACUGAAGCCGGAUGAAACGCCGGCAAACUUCGAGCCACAGCUCGACGACAUUAAUCUCCCGUUCACCUUCGAAUCCAAUACAUUCGACCUUGUCCAGUCAAGAAUGGUGGGGGGAGGAAUCAAUAUUUCAAGAUGGCCGUCGUAUCUCAGGGACAUCAAGAGGUAG